CACCACCUUUACUUCCACUCAUCAUCUUCUUCUCCUUCCUUCAGCAAAACCCGAUUCUUCUUCAACAAAUUGCAGAGAAACCCAGAAAUUCAAUUCAAUUCAAUACAAUUCAAGAGAGAAAAACAUUAACAGAAAGUUAAUUCGCGGUGGCUUGGGAAAAGGAAGAAGAAGGAGAUACAGGCAAUAAUAGCCGUCUCCAUAGCUUUUUAUCGUCGCUAAUUUCAAGUAUUGGUGGCGUUUUUGGACAAUCUCUUGAUAUGGAUUCCAGAGUUGGUCUUCCUCCUCAUCUUCCUAUUAAAGCUCCUGAAGAACAGAAGCAGAAGAAAGAAGCUGGAAAUCGUAGACCUCUUCAAGAAAUUGGGAAUACAGUUAAAUUCCAGAAUGUUCCAAUUAUCAAGAGUCUAGGAGCAUUAUCACUUGUACCUGAUGAAGGAGCAGCAGAAAAGAAGAAGAAGGCAGAAGAAGGAAUGGUAAGAGAACACGAGGCGCGAGCGCAGAAGAAGGUUACAUACAAGCCAAAACCCGAAACAGUUAUUAUAAUAAGCUCUGAUGAAGAAGAAGAAGUUGAUGAUAAAAGGCUACUAAAAAAGAAAAGGGUUCUUAGUGGUAAAAGAAGUUCAAGGAAGAAGAAAUACAGUCUUACUUCAGUACUGACAGCCAGAAGCAAGGCAGCUUGUGGACUUACAACUAGGCCUAGAGAGCUGGUGGCUGACAUUGAUGCUGCAGAUGCUGAUAAUGAGUUAGCAGUAGUUGAAUAUGUGGAAGAAAUAUACAAGUUUUACAGGAUCACAGAAAACGAGUACCGUUUGAUUGAUUAUAUGUCGUUGCAGCACCAUAUUAAUGAAAAGAUGAGGAUGAUUCUCAUUGAUUGGCUGGUUGAAGUUCAUAACAAGUUUGAACUUCUGCCUGAAACUCUUUACCUGACUAUAGACCUAGUGGAUAGGUAUCUUUGUACAAAGGUUGUUUCGAGGAAGGAACUUCAGUUGGUAGGCCUCAGUUCAAUGCUGUUAGCCUGUAAAUAUGAAGAGAUUUGGGCACCUGAGGUGAAUGAUUUCAUGUCUAUUUCUGAUAAUGCAUAUACCCAAGAACAAAUCCUUUCCAUGGAGAAAGAGAUAUUAGGGAAGUUAGAGUGGAAUCUCACAGUUGCUACUCCUUAUGUCUUCCUUGUUAGGUUCAUCAAAGCUACCAUUCCUUCCGAUAAAGAGAUGGAAAACAUGGCCUUUUACUUGGCAGAAAAUGGUCUGAUGCAGUAUCAGUUAGUAGUCUCAUUUCCCCCGUCUCUAAUCGCUGCUGCUUCUGUUUAUGCUGCUCUUCAUAAUUUGGGAAGAAUUCGUAUUUGGAAUGAAACACUUCAGCACUAUACAGGCUACUCAGAAGAACAACUCAUGGAAUGUGCAAAGAUGUUAAUCAAAUUUCAAAUAGCCGCCAAAGAAAACAAACUAAAAGGAGUUCUUCGGAAGUUUUCGAGUGUUGACAGGAGUGCUGUUUCUCUGCUUCCACCUGUAUACAUCUGAAGUUCUGAACAGGCAGUGAGAUGGAUUGUUUCGAUUCUGAUUGUGUUCUUUUGUUGGAAGUUGAUUUAAAUGUUCUUUUGUUGGACAGUAGUAAUCAGAUCAUGGUAUAUCAUGAUCAUCGGUAGGGCUUGCAAAUUAGUGGCUUAUUGUAUGCAAAUUAAUGGUUUUCUGUGUAAAACCUAUCACAGCUUUUAUGUUAGUAGUGUCAUUCAGGCUUGCAAAUUAGGGCUUAUUAUUGUAUCUAGAUUCUGAAUGUUUUUGACAAUGUAUCUGGAUCAUGAAAUGGAUUUCGGCAUGUAAAAUCCUAUUGCAGCUUUUAUGUAAUGGUUUCUUUCACAUUUUGCA